AUGGUGGAUAAACAUGGCAUCAGACCAGACCCAGACGCAGUGGAAGCGGUGCUAACUUCGAAAUCACCGAAAACGGAACAUCAACUGAUGAGCUUCUUGGGUUUUGCGAACUAUUACAGGGAAUUCAUUAAGGGUUAUGAGGAUAAAGUACACCCGAUGCAACAAUUCAUGAGGCACAAAGGCAAGAAAUUCACGUGGAACGACGCAGCAGAAGAGUCAUUCCAGAGGAUAAAGAAGGAGUUGUGUGAAGCACCUGUGCUAUGUAUGCCAACGGCGAAAGGGAUGUGUGUCCUGGAUACGGAUGCGUCGGUGGUAGCGAUCUCGGGCAUACUCCAUCAAGAGCAGGAAUGA